AUGAUAACAUGGCCCGUGUCUGCCGAGCAGUUUUACAAUGAGAAGUUGGUGACUGAGAUACUGAGAAUUGGGGUUGCUGUUGGUUCUGAAAAAUGGGCUUCAUUAGUAGAUGUGAAGAAGGAAGCAAGUGUGAAGAGGGACGCUAUAGAGAAGGCUGUGGCUCAAGUCAUGGUGGGUGAUGAAGCAGAGGAAAUGAGAAGCAGAGCCAGGGGACUAAGAGAGCUGGCAAGGAGGGCUAUUGAAAAAGGAGGAUCAUCAUACUCUGAUUGA